CUCUGGUCUAUAAUAAAACAAUCAUUACCCAAAAUAAAAUUUUAAAUAUCGAGCUCUUGCGUGUAGACUUUUUUGUAUAAAUUGGAUAUAAAAUAAAGAAUAUAUACCUAUUUCUAAUUGAAUGGAUUACAGAAAUAAAAUUAUUCUUGCUCCAAUGGUUCGUGUUGGUACAUUGCCCAUGAGGUUGUUGGCAUUAUCGUACGGAGCCGAUAUUGUUUAUACAGAAGAAAUAAUAGAUUGGAAACUGCUGAAAUCGGAGCGCUUUGUCAAUGAUAUAUUACAAACAAUAGACUAUGUAGACAAGACGGAUGGAAGCAUUGUUUUUCGCACUUGCAACAGUGAAAUAGGAAAGGUUGUUUUGCAAUUGGGAACAGCCAGUGCUGACCGAGCUCUUCAAGUUGGCAAAAAAAUUCAACAAGAUAUUGCAGCUUUGGAUAUAAAUAUGGGCUGCCCCAAAGAUUUUUCUAUUAAAGGUGGAAUGGGAGUAGCACUUUUGUAUGACUUGGAAAGAGCAAAAUGCAUUCUGAAAACUUUGGUGGAUAAUCUGGACAUUCCAGUAACCUGCAAAGUUCGUAUUUUGCCAGAGUUUCAUGAAACCAUUAACACUGUUAAAGAGUUAGAGUCAACGGGCAUUGCCGCAAUCGCCGUUCAUGCUAGAACAAAGUUGGAGCGACCUCGACACCCUCCUCAUCCAGAGGUUAUAAGAGAAAUCGUAAGUGCAGUAAAAAUUCCAGUUAUUGCCAACGGUGGAUCAAGUGAUAUACAUAAACGGGCUGACAUGUUAAAAUUCCGAGAUGCUUGUGGAGCAACCAGCGUAAUGAUUGCAAGGGCUGCCCAAUGGAAUUGUUCCAUAUUUCGUCCCGAAGGACCUUUACCGAUUGAAAAUGUUAUUCACGAGUAUUUACGCUUAUCAGUGGAUUAUGACAACUCGCCUUCCAAUACUAAAUACUGCAUUCAGAUGAUUUUACGAGAUCUCCAAGAAACAAAAUUAGGACGACAGUUCUUAGAUAGUCAAACAUUGGAGCAAAUAUGUGAAGUAUGGAACUUUGGAUCGUACUGUAGAAAGAAACAACUUGAGUAUCACAAUGCUGGAAUACGUGGUAGAAGACAAGCUUGCCCUCGGGUUCAAUUGUACAUAAAGGACGACAGCUUACCUACAAAAAAAGCUAAGACCAUUGAUAGUAUGCUUUUUGAUGGUGUAAUAGAGCAUAACGUUAGUUUUAUACGCGUGAAUUAUAAUGACGACAAAGAUUUACCAAAGAGCAAAUUAUACAUUUACACAGUGAAGAACAAUCUUAAAAUUCCCAAAUAUGAGGUAAUUCAUAAGGAUAAGUUGUUCAAAGCAAUAGUGCUAGUGGGUGAUAAUAAGUACAGCAGUUCAUUCUGGGAAAAGAAUAAAAAGUAUGCAGAACAGUCGGCCGCACUUACUUGUUUACUACAACUGGGGAUCGUCAAAAGGGAAGAGUUGAUACAAAACGGUUCAAUGAUUAGCUAAUUGGUAUAUUGGUAAAUUGAAAACGAUUUAUUUUUCGAAUUAGUGCUCCUGAAUAUAACUGUAUAUAUUAGAAAUCAUACAAUUGCUAAUAAACAAACUGAAUGUUCAGGGACAA